AUGUCAGGGAUACGAAAUGGUCUGCAGGCACGCGUACAAGAACAGGAGCCUCGAGCGCUUCACGUCCACUGUAUGGGGCAUGUGAUGAACUUGGUCGUGCAGGAUGUCGCCCAUAACAUUGCCGAGUGUCGGAACUUCAUGUCACUCAUUCGUGACCUGAUAACACUGAUACGAAAUUCACCAAAACGACUCGCUUGGUUUCAGGAGUUCCAAAGCGCAGACGCGCCGUCUGUGCGCCCUCUGUGCCCAACGCGCUGGACAAAACGACCAAUCGCACACUGCAACACAGCCAACUGCAUUCACAGAAAGCUCUCCAGCUCAUUGAAAUGCUCCGCGAGGACAUCAAGCAUCUCCGUGAAAACGGAUUUGAAGAUUUUUGGAAAAAAAACAACUGCAGCUGCUGAUGUCCUCGGCGUUGAGAGCCCAGCCCUGCCAAGGCCAAGAAAAAUCCCACGUCGACUGGAUAAUGGAGGCGCACCAUCACAGAGUUUCCAGUCACCAGAGGCCCUGUACAGACAGCAGUUUGACCAGGGCGACUGUGGGAGCAUCGUCGAGUUCCAUGGAGAUGAUCUGGAGGCAGGCAGGCUGACACUCCAUCGUGAUAUGUUCGUUGACAUUGCGAAACAGAGGGGUGUUUGCCUAAAACGUUUUCAAGAUGCUGUGGAUCUCCUGAAAGGAGAGCAGGGAGAGCCGCUGCGGACCUUACUGCCAGAACUCACCAAACUAUCAGGACAACCAGCAUAUGAAAUGUUGGAAACUCAUCAUGAUUGGACACCGUCUUUGCUCUUGGGGCACAACGAGGUGAAAGUUCCUGACAAAGACAGAUUUGCACGUCACUUGAAGAGACAUAAAAACCAAGCUGAGAAGACGGUGGAAAGGGCAGGGUACAAAGUGGACAGAAUAGAGGAGAGCUCGCUAGAAGAGGAGGGUAUGGUACAACUUCAAGUGGAGGACAGAGCACAACAAGAAGUGGAGGACAGUCAUCACCAAGGAAAAGACAACACACAAGAAGAAGAGGACAGGGCACAACAGGAAGCAGGCACAGUGCUACAUUCUGAUGACCAGUGUGAAGAGGAGUGUGUGCAGUGCAAGCCUAGGUGCGACGAAAUCAACCGUCUACUGGAGGAAAAUAGGAAUUUGAAGCGUAAACUUGCCGAAAAAGAAUUUACAGAGGAGUUUCUGAAGCGUGAUGAUAGCAGAGUAAAAUAUUACACUGGACUUCCAAAUUAUGAAACUUUUAAUGUUUUGUUGUCCCAUGUAACCCCCUUUCUGCCACAGGGAACAAGAAAGCUUACUCCAUUUCAAAUGAUACUGGUCACUCUCAUGUGUCUGAGAUUGGAUCUGCCAUUGCAGCACAUCGGUCACCUAUUUGAUGUGCACAGAGGAACAGUGAGUGCUGCAUUUCACAAAACUCUUAAUGUUCUGUAUGCACGCCUGGCUCCAAUAGUGCAUUGGCCUGACAGAGACAGCUUACAAGUCAGUAUGCCACACCAGUUUAGUGAGACAUUUGGGAAUCGUGUAGCUGCCAUUAUUGACUGUUUUGAAGUGUUCAUUAAAAGACCAUCAAACCUUCAGGCAAGGGCACAAACAUUUUCACAUUACAAGCACAGCCACACACUCAAAUACCUCAUUGGUAUAACUCCUCAAGGAGUAAUUUCAUUCAUUUCCAAAGGGUGGGGUGGACGCACAAGUGACAAAAGAAUAACGGAGGAAUGUGGCUUCCUGGAUAAACUUCUGCCAGGUGACCUAGUUUUGGCAGAUCGGGGUUUUGACAUUAAAGAGAGUGUGGGAAUGGUGUGUGCUGAAGUAAAAACACCAGCAUUCACAAAAGGUCAACGACAGUUGGACGCAAAGGAUGUGGAAGAAACAAGAUCUCUUGCACACCUGAGGAUCCACGUGGAAAGAGUCAUUGGAGUUGUACGAAACAAAUACAAGAUACUGUCCUCAAAAAUCCCAAUCAACAUGGUAUUGCUGUGUGAAGGCGAAAAUGUAACAUUGUUGGACAAGAUUGUUGUGGUUUGUUGUGCACUCACAAACAUGUCUUCAAGCGUUGUACUGUGA